AUGGAAGUUUGUUUGCAGGCAGGAAUAGGGGAGGCUUCAGUUGGAAGGGAAGCUCCUCCGGCACCAACCACGUGCGAAGUACGUGACAUCCACGAGAACCCGGGGCCUCAUCACGUGAUCCAUGAGCAUCAGCAUCAGCAACAUCAUCAUCAUCAUCAUCAACCUCAUCAGAUUGCAACCACAGCAUUCCACAUAAGCAGACCUUCACACUCCAUAUCCACCAUUAUCUCUCCUCCUCCCCUUCAUCACACCUCCAUUAUUCUAGAUGAAGACUCCUUCCAUGUCUCUAGAAUGAUGCUCCAGAACGAAAAUUUUCAGCAACAUCAACCACAGCAACCGCAACAACAACAUCAUAAGCUGGGAGGAAGGUCUGCAUCUGGAUUAGAGGAACUCAUUAUGGGCUGCACUUCAACUGACAUUAAAGAGGAGUCUUCCUUACCAAACACACAGGAGGCAGAAUGGUUGAAGUACUCAAACUUCUGGCCUGACCCUGACAACCCAGAUCAUCAUGGGUAG